UCAAUCGUCAAAGGCAUGACCUGCCUGAUGAAUAUGUUUUGUUCACUCGGGAUAUCCUCCGUUAUGGACCGACGAUGCGUGAUAGUGGGCAGCGUGUUGGCGGCGGUGGUGCUGUGCGCGCUGGUCGCCGUGCUCGUGCUCCGGCCCUGGGCUAGCGAGGAGCACCGCCGCUACCGGCGCGCCGUCGUCGCCGCUAAUGGCAUAGAGUGCGCUGCUAUCGGACGCGGCAUACUAGAGAAGGGGGGCUCCGCCGUCGAUGCUGCUAUAGCGACGCUGUUCUGCGAGGGCGUAGGAUGCGCCCAGUGCAUGGGCCUCGGGGGCGGCUUCCUGGCCACCGUGUACGAUGCCUCUACAUGGCAAGUUCGGGUGCUCAACGCGCGCGAGCGGGCGCCCGCAGCCGCGUACGCAGAAAUGUACCAGAACGCCUCGUCUACCGUUGGAGGGCUGGCGGUGGCGGUGCCGGGCGAGCUGCGAGGCUACGGCGCAUUACACGAGAAGUUCGGGCACCUGGAGUGGCGGGAACUAGUGAAGCCCACGGUGGAGCUCUGCCGGAAGGGCCACCGCGUCAGCGAAUACCAGGGCCGCGUCCUCGACUCGUACAGCAACGUCAUCCACGAGCAGCCUUCAAUGAGAGAGCUGUACGUCAAUCCAGAAACCGGGGAGGUGUACAAAGAAGGAGACUUAAUCAAAGACCCGUUGUUCGCGCAAACCCUGGACCGUAUAGCGGAGGAGGGCCCGGAGGCGAUUCACAACGGAUCCAUGACGGCCUCGCUGGCCCGAGAUAUACAAGGCUUCGGGGGUAUCGUCACAGAGGACGAUCUCAGGAAUUACCACGUAGAAUGGCAGGAUCCAAUAACGGUAGAGUUGUCGCCGGAGCGCACCCUGUACACCGUACCGUUGCCGGGCUCGGGUUCGGUUCUGGCCUACAUCCUCAACAUCCUUAAAGGCUGGGUGGGGACCGGCACCGACGUGGAGGCCUACAGCGGCCUCUACUGGCAUCGCAUCAUGGAGACGUUCAAGUACGCGUACGCCAAACGUACGGGUCUGGGAGACCCCACACGAGUUCACUCGCCGAUUAAUAUACGUGAGUUACAAAGCAACCUGACAUCGGAGUCCUGGGCGCUGACGUACCGGAGUCUGAUCGACGACACGCGUACGUACAACGACUGGCGUCACUACGGCGCGCUGUUCGAGGGCGCGGACGACCACGGCACCGCCCAAGUGUCGGUGGUGGCGCACGACGGCAGCGCCGUGUCUGUCACUAGCACUAUUAAUUACAUUGAUGUCUUUAUUAUUAAAAAGGUGGUAAUGCAGACCCUGUAUGAGAAGGAGGAGUACUCGCCUGUGAUACGGCGGCCGCGUCUGCACCACCAACUCGUGCCGAUGCACAUCGAGCACGAAGCCAAUGUCGAUCCGGAGUUGCUGAAGUCUCUCCAAGCGCGUGGGCACGAGACGACCCAGCUGGGUCCCACGGCUGGGUUCGCUGCCAUCGUGGGCACCUUACGAGGUCCCGACGGCUUCUGGCAGACCCAGACAGACCCGCGCCGCGUCGGCAGCAUCGACGGACUAUGAUCGUAGAUGUAACUUAUUAUAAAUUAUACCAGUGUAAGGGUCAGUUCAAACUUUGACGAGACGGCGCACAAUACUUGAAACGCAAACA